AUGCAUCAAAGAGUCAUCAACGGCCGAGCCGGGCCCAAGCGACCCCAAGAGGAGAAGUACCCCGUCGGCCCCUGGCUUCUCGCCCUCUUUGUAUUCGUUGUUUGUGGAUCAGCCAUAUUCCAGAUCAUCCAGAGUAUCCGUAUGGGGAUGUGACACAGGGGGCGGGCUGCGACCCCUGACCCUCUCCUCAUGCCCUCACUGAGCCCGGCUAGCCAYCGCCUGCACUCACGCCCUCAUCCCCUCAUCCUCUGACCCCCGAUCAGCGUUUCCAGUGUUGCAGUCUGUGGUGCAGACAGCUUUUCUAUGGACAGUCUAAAACCACGCCGACUGCUGAACCACUUUCAUUCGUCGCUUGGCUCGUGUGUGUGUGCGUGCGUGCGUGUGUGCGUGCGUGCAUGUGUGCGUGUGAGAGCUGGCGGUGAAUCCUGCUGACUAUGUGCCAUAACUGUUAGUUUCUUCUGUACUGUACGAAUGAAGAAUGUAGAUUUUUUAUUUUAUUUUUUUCCAAAUAAAUGUGAAGCAAUUGGAGCCGUCA